CCAUAGUGUAUGAAAUGUGCUGUAUAAAUAAACUUGACUUGCCAACGGUCAAUUUCACCUGUAACCUAACAAUCAAACACAGAAUUUGAGCAUAAUUGUAAUGUGUAAAAGCAUGCAUGCAGACAUGAGUAAAUGUCAGAUGUUUAAUUUUCCGGUGAGUUAUAGUUCAUAGAGUGUCGUCUACUGUGUUCAAAAGCUUCAUUUCCUCAGUGUUUCAGAGUCUGAGGCUUCGUAUUCAUGAAGUGGAAAAACUGUGGGUGUAAAUCGUGCUUAUUUCUUUCUUUCUUUCUUAGUUAGCCUAGGAAAUACUUUGUAGAGUAAAAGUCAUUAGUUGGUCUUUCAACAAACAAAUCUGUCAGUUAAUGCUGUUUCUCUUUGGAGGAAAUGCAUCACACUGGUUUCCAAUGACUUCAAAACUGUUAUAAAUAAAUAAUUCGUUUUGUCACACUGCCCACAAAUAUACUCUUGCAACAUAGUGAAGAGUGUUGCAGAAAAAGAGGAACUAGAGAUGGGAAAGAUUUCACACACAUAGCCAACAACAUCUUCACAAUGAGCCAGCGAUGGAUCGAGACGGUCUUCUGUUCAUCUUCAUCCUGAUCAAACUCUCAGGUGCUCAAAAUGUCAAUACGGUCAGGACAGUGUCUGUUCAGAGUGGACAGUCUAUCAUAAUUCCAUGUUUAUAUAAACAGAAAUAUGAUUUUUCACACACACGCUCUCGGCUACGGAGUGAUCCUGGGAAGUGGUCGGAUCAGAGCGCUCCAGUGAUCUCUGAAGACUCCCGUAAGGUCCUGACGGUCCACAUGGAGGAUGUCCGGGAGUCGGCUCAGUUCUCCUGUCCUGCUGCCAUUCCUUCGGGAUCUGGUCAACGGGAAAACUUCUCCCUGGAGGUCACAGCAGGCCGGCCGAGGCUGUCUGUGCAGCGCCAGAGCGAGAGCGCGUCCGAGGGCGGCGGCGUGCGCGUGUCCUGCGCGCAUCACGGGGACGCGCCGGUGCAGUGGUGUCAGCUCCACGGGCUCUGCGUGACGGGCCGAGGGACUAUAGACGGAGCCUCGGUCGAGAUCACAGACAAUCAGGAUCACGUGAUGACGGUGAUGAUGAGCAAGCUGAAGAUGAAGAACACGGGCUGGUACCUGUGCUCAACACGCCGGCUGCAGAUGCCUGUGCAUAUUACUGUACAUAACCAUACAGACGAGACCACACCCAGCGCUCGCAAGAGGACGGCUUUUUUCUUUCUGUUGCCUGUGAUUUUGGAAAUUCUCCUGAUCAUAAUCAUUUACUCAGCACUGAAACUGCUCACGUUUAUCAAAGAAAGAUUCCUGAGAGCUGUGAGUCCGGCAGAGGAGGGCCAGUACGUGAUCAUGCACCGGGAACAGGCCUCACACGCCUGUGAAGAAGCUUAUGAGAUCAUGGCUGAACUCACAGCUGAGGCAACAGGAGGAGAUCCACUGAUUCCCAGAAGCCUCAGCGCUGAUCAGAGCCACUCUACGGCCACAGACUCCUCUUCUCUCUCUCUCUCCAUCUCAGUGGUGAUGCACAGAUGGCUCGGGGCAGGGAUCGGGAUCUACCUGUGUGGACAGCUGGUGAUGUCCAUUAGCAGUUAA